GCUCCACAUCAUGUCACAGCUAAUCAUGUCUGAUAUGUCUCAUUCACACUUCAGCGUUGGUAGCAUUCACCAGCGCCUUGGUGUCGUCCUACUGAGCUUCACACGACGUCUCUCAUCUCAAUUGCUGCCACGAUGAGUGGUUCUAAUGCCGUUCCUAGCAAACGUCUUCGUCCGAGCGACGUGCGUGGUGCAGGCCUAUAUACAACAUCAUUUGCAUUCUUCGAGGCAUUAUGGGAAGCCGGUGUCACGCACUGCUUUGUAAACCUGGGGAGCGACCACCCAAGCAUCAUUGAGGCUAUGGUCAAGGGCAAGAAAGAGAAGGAUGGCGAGUUUCCGCGCAUCAUAACAUGUCCGAACGAGAUGGUAGCACUCUCCAUGGCCGACGGGUUUGCGCGCCUCACGAACAAACCACAGUGCGUCAUCGUUCAUGUCGACGUGGGAACGCAGGGUCUCGGUGCAGCGGUACACAAUGCCGCGUGUGGACGCGCGCCAGUGCUGAUCUUUGCCGGGUUGUCGCCAUAUACCAUCGAAGGAGAAGAGCGUGGGUCCCGGACAGAGUAUAUCCAUUGGAUACAAGACGUCCCGGAUCAGAAGCAGAUCGUGGCGCAGUACUGCCGUUAUACGGGAGAGAUCAAGACAGGCAAGAAUAUCAAGCAGAUGGUGAACAGGGCGCUGUCGUUUGCCACGAGUGAUCCAAAAGGACCGGUAUAUUUGUACGGCGCCAGGGAGCCCAUGGAACAGGUCAUCGAGCCGUACGCUCUGGACCAAAGUUUUUGGACUCCAGUCGAGCCAGCUGCGCUACCUCUGUCAGCAGUAGAGACCAUUGCAGGCUCGCUGGUGAAUGCAAAGGAGCCCCUGGUCAUCUGUGGUUACAGCGGACGCAAUCAUGACUGUCCCGGAGAGCUCGUCCAGCUUGCCAAUAUUGUCAAGGGGCUACGAGUGCUUGACACUGGAGGUUGCGACAUGUGCUUUCCUGCCAACCAUCCUGCAUGGCUUGGCAUGCGAUAUGGUGUAGACGACAGUAUCACGACAGCAGACGUCAUCAUCGUGUUAGACUGCGAUGUACCCUGGAUAAACACACAAUGCAAGCCGAAAGACGGCGCAAUCGUCUUCCACAUCGAUGGGGAUCCGCUCAAACAGCAGAUGCCCGUGUUCUACAUUAAUGCCAUGAAGCGCUACCGGGUCGAUAGUUUCACGGCCAUUUCGCAGCUGGUUGGCUUCAUCUGCUCUAACCCGGAACUGUUCCAGAUGACUGGCUUGCCACAUCAACUUGAACUGGAAGCAAAGCGACUGUCAUCGUACACAAAAAAACUUCAGACAAUAGCGAGUCAGGCUGUGCCUGGAGAGGACGGGUCGUAUGGAACUUCGUACCUAACAUCUCGCCUCCGCGCACUUCUUCCCCAGGAUACCAUUUUUGCCAUCGAAGCCGUGACGAAUGGUGCUUUUGUCGCAGAUCAACUGCAAUGCUCGCUGCCCGGAUCAUGGAUCAACUGCGGCGGAGGCGGUCUCGGAUGGAGCGGCGGCGGCGCGUUGGGCAUAAAACUAGCUACAGACUACUACGGCAAGAAGCGAUUCGUCUGCCAGAUCGUGGGCGACGGCACAUAUCUCUUCUCCGUCCCCGGCUCGGUAUACUGGAUCUCGCAACGCUACAACAUCCCCAUCCUCACUAUCGUCCUCAACAACAAGGGCUGGAACGCGCCUCGUAGAUCGCUUCUUCUCGUCCACCCCGACGGCGAAGGCUCGAAGGUGUCGAACGAGGACCUCAACAUCAGCUUUGCGCCGACACCGGACUAUGCUGGUAUCGCAAAGGCUGCGUCUGGUGGGGAGAUCUGGGCUGCGCAUGCUAGCACGGCCGAGGAGCUGGAGGUGAAGCUGGCCGAAGCGAUUCAGAGCGUUUUAAACGGCACGACAGCUGUGCUAGAUGCGCAUCUCGACGGGCCACAGGGUAAAUACGGCGGCGGCAAAGCUGCACUCGUAGGCUAGACUCGCAUGUAUGUAUGCUAUAGCAUGAUCGCUACAAACGCAACAAUUCCCAUCACCUCUACC